UAAAACGGACGUCGCGACGGACCUUUUGGCGCUCGUGAAAGUUUAGUUUCAACACAAAAAAUUUUCAUCAUCGUCGUCUCUUAACGUUUGCGACAAAGUAUGUGGAAACGAAAAUCUUUAAGGACUUUUUGAACUUUGUGAUGAGUUUUAGAACGUGUCGUUGAAAUUUGGCAUGAACCCCAUCCAACUGACGCGGCGAACGCCUGAAUAAAGCGAAAAGGAGAAAGAAGAACUUCACAUCAACCCUAACACGGCCUGUUAACGUAAUGAGUUUGUUACGAAACCAUUCUGAUUCGUCCAUCUAACAGAAACAAAUUGAUUCUUCUAUAGCUACAAGAAGUUCAGCUUAUAUAGGUCGCAACCGCUGAAGACCUGAAAUUGAAUUUUAAAUUUGAGGGCUGCGGCAACGACGCGCCUGGCACCGUUCGAUAUAAACUCGAAAGAGGACCGGAGACUCUUCUGGAUACGAAAUCCAAUUCGAGACACAUUCUGACGUUCCAGCACAACCGGAUAUAAGCUCAGAAUGAGAAGUUACGUGAAACUCAAACAUAUUUAUCUUGUGCUGUUUAUAUUAUUUCGAAACGUUUCUGCCUGUCCAAGUGUUUGUACUUGCAAAUGGAAAAACGGAAAGCAGACUGUAGAGUGCAACUUUCGCGAUCUGCUUGCUAUUCCAGAAGCAAUUGACUCCAACACUCAAGUGCUCGAAUUCUCGGGAAAUAACCUUCAAAUGCUAACCAGAGAGAAAUUCCUGAAGAUGAGCCUCAUAAAUCUGCAAAGGAUUUACCUUUCGAGGUGUAGAAUUUCGACAAUCGACGCAAAAACGUUUAAAGGCCUUACAAACUUGGUCGAACUCGAUUUAAGUCACAACUUGUUGACGAAUCUUUUGCCGGACACGUUCGUCGAUUGUACGUCACUUAUGAAACUAAUACUUGCAUCGAAUCCGCUUAAAUUCAUAAAAAAGGAUACCUUUCUACACUUGCAGAGUCUCAAUUCUUUAGACAUAAGUCGUUGCGAGAUAGCUUCCAUUGAGGAAGGAUCGUUUGAUGCACUGCACAGCUUAGAGUGGCUCCAUUUAAACGGUAAUAAAUUAACCGGCCUAAAGGGACCCCUGCUCCUACCGCAGACGCUGAGAGCAAUAGAUAUUCAAGGUAACCCAUGGAAAUGCGAUUGUAAUAUAGCUGAUUUUCACGAAUGGUUGACCGCUUUCCACGUUCCGCGUGCUGAAGAACCUGUAUGCCAAAAUCCUCCGAGACUUUUUGGUAAAGAAAUCGCUUCCAUUCCCAUUGAAGAAUUUGCCUGCUUACCAAACGUAUCGCCCACAACCUUCUUUCUGGAAGUAGCCGAAGGAAAAAACAUUUCGUUAUUAUGUCAUGUGCAAGCGGUUCCAGAAGCUCAAGUCUCAUGGCUAUUCCAGGGAAGAGUACUCCAAAAUGACACGUUAAUCGCACCCGGAAUGCAUCUGCUCUAUUAUUUUGAAGAAGGAUCUACUGAUAAACGUAGCGAACUUUUCAUCUACAACACCAACGCUGAAGAUAACGGCACAUUCGUAUGCACGGCAGAAAACGCUGCCGGAAUCUCACAGGCAAACUUCACGAUUAAAAUAGUUGUGAAGGAAGAUCCGAUUGUUAUCAUUGUUUCCUUUCCAAUUGAAUACAUCAUGGCGGUCAUAGCGGGAGCAUCGUUGCUGAUACUCGUAAUGAUAAUUAUUACGGUGAUACUUGUGUUUAGGUGCCGGCGAAGACAAAAGAGACAAGCAAAACGAGACAAAACAAAAGAAGUAGCUCUUCAGUAUCAACAAAAUCCUAAAGAUUCUGUUAUGAACAACGACCAAAGAAACGAUUUACGAAACAGCAUAGAAAAGCAUAACAUUGCCGUUGCAACUCAUCAGGAACAGCAGACAUGUCAUUAUGUAGCAAGAUCAAACGAGGAUUUGCUUCGAUCAUCAAUACUACUUCCAGUGACAGUAGAUCGAGCAAAGGAGAGUCCAUCUUCAUUACGUCGUUAUCAACAAGAACAAAAUCCGGACCUAAUAAACGAUGCAGAAGGCGUGGAACGGCGUCGUGACGGUGAUGGAGAAGACGGCGUGGAGGUGAACUACACCGAAACCGUCUGCAAUGGUAAUUCUACGCAACACAUUAUCCAAAUAGCACAUCCCAGAGUCGCUGGUAAUUUCUUUUCCGACGUGCAUCUCAACCCAAACUGCCUCAUCGAUCCGGACGGUUACCCCGCUGACUACGGACUUCCAAAAGUGGCAGCACGACACCAAGUGAACGACAGUUUCUAUCGGACCCUUCCUUACAAAAGAGACUCCAAAAGACUUUCAGCGGCAAAUCCUACCAGCCGAUUCAUACGGGAAGCGGAAUUUUUAACGCGCAAUGCUCAUCCAGCGGCCUACGAACAUUAUUGCCCGGGUGUGCGGUACACCGCUGACGGUUACAUGGCCCGAUUAGCCGACGCUUCCGGUGAAGUGAAUCAAACUUAUCCCCCGAACUCUGCACCAUCUUCUUUGCCGUGUUGUAGUGCAACGACCAUACAAUGGCCGCACUGCGUGCCCGCUAAUAUACACGUGUUAAGUUCGAACAGUGAAUUUCCUGGCGUGACAAAUGUAGUGUCGAAAAAGUGUGUGGGUGCUCAAACUGACCGCGGAGACGUCGACGAACAGGGUGGUGUCAGUAGCGGAUCGUGUUGUGUUUCGACCACCGUUAAAACAACUGUCAACCCUCAGCACUCGUCUACGGACGUUUGUCAGGAAACAUUGGCCGAAAGUCCCGAUGAAGGUUACGAAGGCGAGGCAGCGUCAACUCUUCUUUUCUUAUGUCUCUGUUUCAGAUCAAACGAGGAUUUGCUUCGAUCAUCAAUACUACUUCCAGUGACAGUAGAUCGAGCAAAGGAGAGUCCAUCUUCAUUACGUCGUUAUCAACAAGAACAAAAUCCGGACCUAAUAAACGAUGCAGAAGGCGUGGAACGGCGUCGUGAUGGUGAUGGAGAAGACGGCGUGGAGGUGAACUACACCGAAACCGUCUGCAAUGGUAAUUCUACGCAACACAUUAUCCAAAUAGCACAUCCCAGAGUCGCUGGUAAUUUCUUUUCCGACGUGCAUCUCAACCCAAACUGCCUCAUCGAUCCGGACGGUUAUCCCGCUGACUACGGACUUCCGAAAGUGGCAGCACGACACCAAGUGAACGACAGUUUCUAUCGGACCCUUCCUUACAAAAGAGACUCCAAAAGACUUUCAGCGGCAAAUCCUACCAGCCGAUUCAUACGGGAAGCGGAAUUUUUAACGCGCAAUGCUCAUCCAGCGGCCUACGAACAUUAUUGCCCGGGUGUGCGGUACACUGCUGACGGUUACAUGGCCCGAUUAGCCGACGCUUCCGGUGAAGUGAAUCAAACUUAUCCCCCGAACUCUGCACCAUCUUCUUUGCCGUGUUGUAGUGCAACGACCAUACAAUGGCCGCACUGCGUGCCCGCUAAUAUACACGUGUUAAGUUCGAACAGUGAAUUUCCUGGCGUGACAAAUGUAGUGUCGAAAAAGUGUGUGGGUGCUCAAACUGACCGCGGAGACGUCGACGAACAGGGUGGUGUCAGUAGCGGAUCGUGUUGUGUUUCGACCACCGUUAAAACAACUGUCAACCCUCAGCACUCGUCUACGGACGUUUGUCAGGAAACAUUGGCCGAAAGUCCCGAUGAGGGUUACGAAGGCGAGGCAGCGUUAUAGAAAUGCUAACAUAAUGCGUGAUGGAUUGUAAUUGUUCCUAACAGGGUAUGACUUUCAAAGCAAUAUGUGUUGAUAUAUUAAAUAACAAACACUACAGAGGCACUAGGUUGCAUGUUUGAAGAAAUGAAAAAAAAAAAAUUAACAAUCAGUAUUAAUGUAAAGAACGAUUUGCUGUAAGGUUUAGCGGACAUAUAAAAACAUUACAGUCGUCUGUGCGAAUGUUUAUUAUAAAACGUGUAUAAUACAAUGAUUCGUCACUUUUUUACAUGAACUUAACAGUUUUCUAUUGAGAGUAGGUAAAUUUGCACUUUUAAUGUCGUUAUUCGAUAUAGCUACACACAUAUUUACAUACAUACUACAAUAUACCUACUGUAACAGGCAUUUGAAAUCCCAAAUAUCAUCAAUUUAUGUGAUAGCAGUACUAGCAGACAAAACACAAAUGUCGUAAGUGUUCAGAAAACCCAAUUGAGCUGUUUCUUUCUGUCAAUGCUUUUAGACCAUAUCCUCUGCCUUAAUUUAUUAAUGUUAUUUCGGCUGUCAAAUGCUUCUGACAAUGUAGAAAAACAUAGCAUGAAUCGUGUCCUUAGCAAUUUAUACGUAAUUGUAUACCAAAUUUUCAAAAUGGCAAUUACAAUCAUGUAUUUAGAAAUAUUGUCUCUAAGUUUUCCAAAAUAAUUUAACCAUUCUUUUUCUGGUAAAUCAACUUUUUUAUGAAUAAUUAGUAACCAAAUAUCGUCAAACUUCUUAAAAUAUGUCUAAAAAGAUGUUCUUGAUUACCACAAGCAGAUUCAAUAGAUGCGGCUAUAAAAUUAAGAUAUGUUUCAUAAUUCUCGAGCACCAGACGUAAGAAAGACACUUAUUACAUAUUAUUUCGUAUCUUUCCGAUCAAGCAUCAUUCGAUAUGCUGUCCGUGAAGUACCUGUUUCAGUAACACAAAUUAAAAGUGCAAGUACCUGCAAUCACCAUCUAACAAAAACCACACUUGAAUAAACUGUGAUAAUUCGUUUAAAUCUCCUUCGCUCUUGUAAAAAGAUUUUAAAGAUAAACAGUACGAUGUCAGACAUCCCUUGUAAUUUCAUCGUUGAGGUUGUGUAUACCUACAUAUAUAGAUACAUAUUAUAUUGGUGAAAACAUUUUGAAAGUUAUUUUGUAAAGGGUGUACAUAAGUAAACCUAGUCAAAUACAUAAAUCGUUUAGACAUCGUAAAAGGAGUGAAAAUUUUAUGUUGCACAGUAAGCUCCGUAAAUCGUAAAAUGUGGUUUUAUACAUUCUCGUAAAGAAUAAUACUGCAACAAAACUUGUAUCGUGGAUUUGGAGAAGACAGCUUUGAACUUUAAAAACUAGUUUGAACGAUUUGACGAAUGCAAGUAGCCAAAAAAGCACUCG